AGAGCGCCGCUUACGGCCGAGCAUGCGCCAUUAGGUCUUCCGGGUGGUGGGGGUUACUUCCGGCCGCGGGUGUUGGGCCAUGGCUGCUCUCCUCCGAGCUGUGCUAAGGUUGCGGGGCCCAGCUGCCCAGGGAAGGCCUCUCCACCGGCUAUGGUACUGCAGUGUGCAGGAGAACCCCAAGAGGUGGGUGGGGAUCAGGUCACGCCCCUCGGAGGAGAAACCACCAGGCCCGGAGACAGAGAAAUUCCAGAUGGUCUACCGUUUUAACGCGAUCCGAGUCUUUGGCUUCUUGUCGCGGCUGAAGGUGGCACAGACUGCCUUGACGGUGCUGGCCCUGCCGCCGGGCUUCUACUGGUACUCCCAGGGUCUCGUGACUCUAAACUCACUGUGCCUCGCCAGUGGGGUUGCUGGCUUUGCCCUGGGCAUGCUGUGCUGGAUGAGCUACUUCUUCCGGAGGCUGGUGGGCAUCCUGUAUGUGAAUGAGUCGGGCACCAUGCUGCGGGUGGCCCAUCUGUCCUUCUGGGGCUGGCGACGGGACACGUACUGCCCCGUGGAGGAUGUGAUGCCCCUGACAGAAACGAAGGACAAUCCCCAGGAUGUGUUGAUGUGUAUCCAGCGCUACAGCGGGAAGCCGACUUUCUACCUCACUCUGCGCUAUGGACGCAUUGUGGACAGAGAGCGGUUCACUGAAGUUUUCGGGGCAGUGCGCGCAUACAAGUGAACAGCUGGGAGCUGGGCCACCUGCGUCCCCUACAGGGAAACCAAGGGCAUGGGCGCAGGUGAAACGGGAAUCCCAGGUAUCCUGGAAACCCUUCUGUUAGGAGAUUCAUGAGACAGAAGGUAAUAACCAAAAGAAUUGCCUGACAUUUGGGCAGAAGUUUCUGAAGAGGCAAUUCUUGGACCAAACUGUGCCAGGUCCCCUGAGACUGCCACUGCCCUGAACUUGGAAGACAGCGGGUGUGGCAGGAAAGCAGGGGAACUGCAGCCAGCGCCUCGGGUUCUGUCAGUUCUCAGCUCCCAGGGAGUGAUGUCUGAGUCUCUUUUCAACUGUAAAAUAUGAAGUCCUGCAUGACUUCUGGUAUAAAUAUGAAAAUAAAACAGUGCCCUUCAGGCUGCCCUGUG